AUGUACUUCUCCAAGACCACCAUUGUUUCCUUCAGCCUUUUGGCUUCCUCUUCGCUCGUGGCUGGCCACGCUGCUAUCAUUGGCGCUACCGGUGAUGCAGGCGGUAACGGUACUGCUAUUGGUGUCGACCCUGCCACUCCUCGUGACGGUACCAACCGAAACCCCUUCCAACAGGAUGCCACUCGUUUCCGUGGCGCUGCCGCAGAUACCUGCGGUGAGACUCUUGGUGCAGGUGACAACGACAUCCAGGCUGGUACUGCUCAGGUCAUGGCGCUCAGCGGCGCCACUCUUCCUCAGGUCUCUGCUGGUGGUCAAGUCAUGAUGACUGUCCAUCAGGUCAACUCUGACGGUGCUGGUCCUUACACUUGCAUGGUCGACGCAACUGCCACCGGUGCCAACUGGCAGGCCGCCACCGUCACCCAGAACCUUCCGGGUAACGACCGUGGCCGUAACCGGGACACUCAGAUGCAGGAUCUUCCCCUGACUGUUUCUAUGCCCGCUGGCAUGACCUGCACAGGUACUGUAGCAGGCCAGAGCAACGUCUGCAUGGUGCGUUGCCAGAACCCUGCUCGUGCUGGACCUUUCGGUGGCUGUGUUCCUGUUCAGAUGGCCGGAGCCGCAGCUGCUGCUCCUGCUGCUGGCACCGCUCCCACCGCUGGCACCGCUCCCGCUGCUGGUGCCGCCGCCGCUGCCCCUGCCGCCGCUGCUCCUGCCGCCGCCGCCCCUGCUGUCAACGGUGUUGCACCCGCUGCUGCUGCCCCUGCUGCUCCUGCUGCUAACGGUGCUACUGGUGCCACUGGCGCAACUGGUGCUACUACUCAGACUGGAGCUGGUGCCAACGGUGCUGCUCCUGCCGCUAACGCUGGCGGUGCUACUCAACAGACCGGAGCUGGCGUUCAAUCUGGUGCUACCGGAGCCACAGGUGCCACUGGUGCCACCGGUGCUACCACAGGAUCAACCACUGGAGUCGCAAACGGCGCUGCACCUGCCUCCAACGCUGGUAUCAACGGUGCCGCUGCCCGCAAGCGUGAGGCUGCCCGCAACCAGCCCGCCCUCACGGAAGACGACCAGGAGGAGGAGCUCGACCUCCUCGAGGGCGAGUCCGACUUCUAA